UAACCUCCUCCGUUAGCAAUUAGCUUUCGAUGGAUUGCCUUCAUUCCCACCUCCUGAUCGAAGGUCAAAACUCUACUAGCUACCACAAAAUGAUACUAGCAGCCUAAUCGCAGGCAGACAAGUGUACCCAUCCUAGCAGCCCCUUGACCCAAAUUCAUGUACACGCUAGUGUCAGUGUGUCACUAGAGCACGAGGCCACUGGCCACGUCAGUAUGGAGCAGGAGCUACGGAGCAGCGGGCCGGUCAGGGUGCAGAGCUCGCUGUGCUUCUCCGGCGCGCUCGUCGACGGCCCUCGGAUCCAGCAGCUGCUCCUCCACUGCGCCGCCGCGCUGGAGUCCAACGACGUGACGCUGGCGCAGCAGGCCAUGUGGGUGCUCAACAACAUCGCCUCCUCGCAGGGUGACCCCAACCAGCGGCUCACCUCGUCGCUGCUCCGCGGCCUCGUCGCGCGCGCCUGCCGGACGUGUGGCUCCCCUCGCGGCGCCGGGAGCAUGGCGGCGCCGCUACUAGGACGACGGGCCAUGUCCGUCACCGAGCUGGCCGACUACGUGGACCUGACGCCCUGGCACCGAUUCGGCUUCACGGCCUCCAACGGCGCCAUCCUACGCGCCGUGACCGGCAGGGACGCCGUGCACGUCGUCGACCUCGGCGCCACGCGCUGCAUGCAGUGGCCCACGCUCAUCGACGCGCUGUCCAAGCGGCCCGGUGGCCCUCCGGCGCUCCGCAUCACUGUGCCGUCCGUCCGCCCCGCCGGGCCGCCGCUGGUCGGCGUGUCUGACGAGGAGCUCGGUCUCCGGCUGGCCAACUUCGCCAAGUCCAAGGGCGUGCAGCUGGAGUUCAACGUCGUCGACAAUAAUAAUAGUACGAACACGCCAUCUUCAGCUCCCGCAAAGCCGUUGACGCUUAGCCAGGAGCUCGCCUCCGUCCUAUCCGACCCGCCGGCGCUGGGGCUAAGGGACGGCGAGGCGCUCGUGGUGAACUGCCAGAGCUGGCUCCGACACGUCGCGCCGGGCUCGAGGGACGAGUUCCUGGACGCGGUCCGGGCGCUGGACCCGUGCCUGGUCACCGUGACCGACGAGGACGCCGACCUGGACUCGCCGAGCCUGGCCACGCGCAUCGCCGGCUGCUUCAGCUUCCACUGGAUCCUCUUCGACGCGCUCGACACCUCCGCGCCCAGGGACAGCCCCAGGCGGCUGGAGCACGAGGCGGCCGUCGGCCAGAAGAUCGAGAGCGUCGUGGGCGCCGACGACGGCGAGCGGUCCGAGUCCGGCGCCAGGCUCGCGGACAGGAUGCGGCGGAGAGGGUUCGCCGCCGUGGGGUUCGGCGACGGCGAGGUGGAGGAGGUCCGGCAGCUGCUGAGCGAGCACGCCACCGGGUGGGGCGUGAAGCGGGAGGAGGACAUGCUGGUGCUCACGUGGAAGGGCCAUGCCGCCGUCUUCACCACUGCCUGGGCACCAAACUAAGAGCAUCCCUUACUGCAAUUUCCCUAAUUUUGCUAUUUAUAGUGACUAAAGUCUAAAACUUCUGUUAGGAAUGCAUGUAACUGUAACAAUAUAUAUUGUCCAGAGAGUAGUUUUAGGUUGGUUAUAUGUAGCUCAGAAAGGGUCAGAAUGACAUGACACAGAAACCGUGUUCUUUAUUGUUCAUGCAUGGACACAUUGGAAGAACAUAUCAAUAGGUGAAAUUGGAGCCUUUCAUA